AUGGAAAAUUUCAAACUCCGAAUCCGGUGCGAGAACAAGCGCUCUCCAGCCGUUCGCUUUCAUUCAUUUCACCUUUUCUUUCUCUCUUUCUUCUUUCUCUUUCUUUCUUCUUUUUCUUUCCUUCAUUCUUUCUUUUUCUUUCUUUAUUUUUUCUUUACUUUCUUUAUAUUUAUUUCUUUAUUUUUCCUUUCUUUAUUUUUCUUUAUAUUUAUUUCUUUAUUUUUUCUUUCUUUAUUUUUCUUUUCUUUCUUUAUAUUUAUUUCUUUAUUUUUUCUUUCUUUAAUUUUUCUUUUCUUUCUUUAUAUAUUUAAUAAAUUUUAUUUUUAUAUACUUUUCACUUUUUCCUUUUUUCGAUCCCUUUUUUCUUAUAUCCUGCAUUUCUUUUAUUUGUUUCGUUUUUCUUUCUUUUAUACUUUUACUUCAUUUCUUCAUUCAUUUAUAAUUUCACUUCUUAUAAUUUCGCUUCUUUCAUUCCCUCUUUUAUACUUUCGCUUCUUUCAUUCUAUCUUUUACACAUUCGCUUCUUUCAUUCCCUCUUUUAUACAUUCGCCUCUUCCUUUCUUUCAAUCUGUUAUACUUUCCUUUUUUUCAUACCCUCUUUUAUAUUUUCGAUUCAUCAUUCCCUCUUUGAUACCUCCCCUUCUUUCAUUCGCACUUUUAUACUUUCGCUUCUUUCAUUCCAUUAUUUAUAUUUUCGUUUCUUUCAUUCCACUUUUUAUAUUUUCGCUUUUUUCAUUCAUUCUUUCAUACUUUUGCUUCAUUGAUUCCCUAUUUUAUCCUUUCUCUUCUUUCAUUCCUCCUUUAUACUUUCACUUCUUUCAUUCUAUUAUUUAUACAUUCGCUUCUUUUAUUCUCUCUUUCAUACUUUCGCUUCUUUCAUUCCAUUAUUUAUAUUUUCGUUUCUUUCAUUCCACUUUUUAUAUUUUCGCUUUUUUCAUUCCUUCUUUUAUACUUUCGCUUCUUUCAUUCCAUUAUUUAUAUUUUCGUUUCUUUCAUUCUACUUUUUAUAUUUUCGUUUCUUUCAUUCCACUUUUUAUAUUUUCGUUUCUUUCAUUCCACUUUUUAUAUUUUCGCUUUUUUCAUUCCUUCUUUUAUACUUUCGCUUCAUUCAUUCCAAUAUUUAUUUUUUUGAUACUUUCAUUCCCCCUUUAUACUUUCGCUUCUUUCAUUCCAUUAUUUAUAUUUUCGCUUCUUUCAUUCCCGCUUUUAUACUUUUUCUUCUUUUUACUUUCUUUUAUAAUUUCAUUUCUUUCUUUACUUUUUUAA